UUCCGGAAAGUAUUUAUGUAUUUUCCGGAUUAGAGAACAAAGCCAACAUUCAAAUUGGUUAAAUUUUAGCAUAAAUUACCCCAUUUUGGCGAAGUGUUUCCUUAAAAAAUGUUCUAGAACAAACAAUUAAAAAUAGAGAAAAAUAGUGUUAAAAUAGCUUUUAGUUAGAGAAAAAUACAUUUUUUAAUACAAUUUCUCUCUUUCUUUUCUUUUGGUCACUUACUUUUUCUCUUAUUGUUUAUACAACAAAACUGCACUAUUUUUACAUUUUUUUGUAGUGUAAUUUUAUACUAUUUAAGGGGAGCGAUUUUUCUAGUUUUAUCUUGUAAUUCUAUCAACACAACAUAACUAUCGACCAUUUUUUCUUCCUACAUUUUUGUUAUUUAUCGUCCCUUUUUUCGCUUGUUUUAUUGUUUUUCAUCACUUUUUUGGGGGUUUUAACCGUUCUAAACUCAACUUUUUUUGGUUUUUGGUUGUGGGGACGUUUUGGGGUUGAAUUCCGUUGGGUGACUUGUGUUGGUUUCGGAAACUGAAAAAGUCAAACCGAUCUUGACUAUAAAAACCUCUUGUUACUUGAUUUUUGAGAUAGUGCCCUUUUUUGCUUCUUCCCAAGUACUUAAUUUUCCGCUUUUUCUCCCAUUCUGAAAUUUUCCUUUUCUUCAAUCUUUUCCUUUCGCGUUCAUUUUUCAACUUGUGCUUUAAAUUUUUAAUAUUUUUUUGUUUUUUUAGAGAAAACUCUUAUUAAAUAUUUUUAUUUUCUUCAAACCAACGAUCAAUAAACAAUAAAGAUGGACGAAGAGGUCGCCGCACUUGUUGUUGAUAACGGCAGUGGAAUGUGCAAGGCUGGAUUUGCUGGUGAUGAUGCUCCUCGUGCCGUAUUUCCUUCAAUUGUUGGACGCCCUCGACACCAGGGUGUCAUGGUUGGAAUGGGUCAAAAGGAUUCGUAUGUGGGAGAUGAGGCUCAAAGCAAAAGAGGUAUCUUGACUUUGAAAUACCCGAUUGAGCACGGCAUUGUCACGAACUGGGACGACAUGGAGAAGAUCUGGCAUCACACUUUCUACAACGAACUUCGUGUUGCUCCUGAAGAACAUCCAGUGCUUUUAACUGAGGCUCCUCUCAACCCAAAGGCUAACCGUGAAAAGAUGACUCAAAUCAUGUUUGAGACAUUCAACACGCCUGCCAUGUAUGUUGCCAUCCAAGCUGUUCUUUCUUUGUAUGCUUCUGGACGUACUACUGGAAUUGUUCUUGACUCUGGAGAUGGUGUCACCCACACAGUUCCAAUCUAUGAAGGUUAUGCUUUGCCACACGCAAUCUUGCGUCUUGACUUAGCGGGACGUGAUUUGACGGACUACUUGAUGAAGAUCCUCACUGAACGUGGUUAUUCUUUCACCACAACCGCCGAACGUGAGAUUGUACGUGACAUUAAAGAGAAGCUUUGCUAUGUUGCUUUGGACUUUGAGCAAGAGAUGGCUACAGCUGCUUCGUCUUCUUCUUUGGAAAAGAGCUACGAAUUGCCUGACGGUCAAGUUAUUACUGUUGGAAACGAGCGCUUCCGUUGCCCAGAAUCUCUCUUCCAGCCAUCUUUCUUGGGUAUGGAAUCUGCUGGUAUUCACGAGACCUCUUACAACUCAAUCAUGAAGUGCGACAUUGACAUCCGUAAAGACCUUUACGCCAACACUGUCCUUUCUGGAGGUACAACCAUGUAUCCAGGCAUUGCUGAUCGUAUGCAGAAGGAAAUUACUGCUUUGGCACCAUCAACAAUGAAGAUUAAGAUUAUUGCACCUCCUGAGCGUAAAUACUCUGUUUGGAUUGGAGGAUCUAUCCUUGCUUCAUUGUCUACCUUCCAGCAAAUGUGGAUCAGCAAGCAAGAGUAUGACGAAUCUGGUCCAUCUAUUGUUCACCGUAAAUGCUUCUAA